AUGCGGUUGAUACCAUUAGUCCUUACUUUGUUAGGUGACGCAAUUUUAUGGGAUUACAAAAAAAUAAAUUGUUUCAAUUUAAUUUCAAAAAAGUCAAGCAACUGUUUUCGAAGGCUUAAUAUUUCCUCUAAUUCUGCAUACAGAAACAAAAUUACACGCCAAAAUUGUGAAAAUGAAAAGGUGAAAUCUGAACAUAACAAAUUGCACGUUUCCCAUUACAAUGAUAUAAUCCCAAGGAAAAAAUAUGAAACGGAUGUGAAAUUAGAGGAUCAGGUAAAAAACAUUUCUAAGGACAUACAGGGCGUUUGGAAGUUUUACUUCCCUUUGUUUAUAAUGGAUACAGAAUUUGAAGCGGCGAAAGGUGAGUCUGGUGAGAUUGAAAAGCUGGGUAGAGCGGCACCCUUGGACAGCCCCAACGAUUUGGAUGAUUUGGAUGAAGCGGACACUUCGGAUGAUUUCAGAACGGGUAGCCUUGAGAGCAACCAAAGGGACAGCCCGAAUGUGAAGUCUACUAGUGAAGAAGAAUCAGAUGACACAAAUCUAAACCUACUUAGAGGGGAAAGAAUGUAUCCUCUAUCCAUGUUUGUAUAUAACUGUGAAAAGAUCGUUUCUGGAUCCACUUCAACCUACGCUUACUGGUCUAAUAAAUUUCUGAGAAAUAACAUUUUCGAAUGUACAGUUAAAUUUAUUAACAAAAUGAAUAGUAAAUAUAUGAUUAUCUUACAAGGGUAUUUAUUCAUCUCGAAAAUAAAUGCUUUAAAUGACAAGAAUAUUCGGCUAAUGCCCUGUCAAAUAUAUGGAAAUUUAUUUUUAGCGAAUAAUGAUAAUGCAGCGGAUGUUUCAUUAAUCCCAAGAAAUAUGAAAGUAUACGAUAAAAAUGGAAAAGAAGUUAAAGACAUUUUAACAAUUUUGGAAAAAAAAAUACCAGGGUUUAGGACGGAUAAAAAAAAAAUUGAUUCAUUUUUAGCACUAAAAAAGUGGAAAUUCUUAGGUGUUUCAACAGCUUAUAAAAUUGUAGGAGAAGGAAAAAAUAUGUUUAACAUAAACCACUUUUUAACAGGAAAAGAUGAAAGCCUUUUUUAUAAUAUAAUGGACUUUGACACGGUUAAUACAAAUUACAAUAAAAACGGGUUUGUACAUAUGACGGAAAUUUUUAAUUCUUAUUUUGAAAAGCCUCCCACAGAUGUUCUCUCCUUAAUUAUGAAAAAUCUGGAGGAAAAGUCCAUUAACGGUCCUUUUUAA